AUGACUAGACCUUUGUACAUGACAUUAGCACGCUGGAUAAUACCAAUUGGUGUUGCAUUAAAUCCUCCUCCGAUCAGCCAAGAUUCCAGCAAUCUCUUGAAGUUAGGUUUAAGACUACGGCAUCUUCUUAACAGUUUUGAUAAGAAGAAUCCUAUCAUGUUGCCGCAUCACCACAUAAGUGAGCUUAUCGCCACACAUGAUCAUCUUCAAUCUUUAUACGGUUUUCAGCAAUUAACUUUACAUACGCUCAGACAGCGUUACUGGAUUUUAGGAGUUUGCUCUUUGGUAAAACGGCUGACCGAAGGUUGUCUGGAGUGCACACGUGCGAGAGCGGCUCUGUCUCAACAACUUGUGGGGGACUUAUCUGAAUUCAGAUUAACCCCACAUCGUCCAUUCACACAUUCUAGUGUAGACUAUGCAAGUUUAUAUGAUGUUCGCUUUGAUUCCGGUCGUGGCAGACAGAGUUGCAAAACUUACGUUGCGCUUUUCGUCUGUUGUUUUACGCGAGCUGUUUACUUAGAACUCGUAUCUGAUUAUUUAUCUGACGCUUUCCUCGCCGCAUUUCAGCGAUUUUCUUCAAGAUUGGAUGCUAAUUUGCAUUAUGAGGCUAGAGUUAAGAGUUUUAAAAACCAUCUGAAAAGUAUUGUAGGUGAACAUACUCUUAUAGACGAAGAGUAUUAUAACCUUCUUACUCGUUUAGAUGCUUGCCUCAAUUCCCGUCCUAUUGUCUCUCUUUCAAAUGAGCCUGAAGACUUUUUCUAUUUUACAGCUGUACAUUUUCUAAUUGGAAUCCCUUUGACCAACAUUCCAGAACAAAGAAUGGUUCAAAAAAGAGCUAAUUCUUGUGAUCGAUGUUAUCGUUCUUGUGAAACAUAA